AUGAAGGAAAACAACAGUGAUGUUGACACCAGGAACGUGGUCAAAAACAGGGAAUUGUUAUAUCGGAUGAUUAUAAGCCAACUGUAUUAUGAUGGAUAUCAAGCAAUAGCGACUACAUUGUCAGCAGCAGUCCAUGCGGAUCCACCAUGUCCUCCCAGCGACAGGCUACUAAAUGUAAUGAUGGUGGGCCUCCAACAUGAGCCUGAUAGAAAAGAUAGACUGGCAGCCUCUAGCGGUGCCGAACAUUUGCUGGGAACAACAGGUUUUGAUCUGGAGUAUGAAAUGGACGCUUCAUCCCUGGCCCCCGAGCCAGCCACAUAUGAAACAGCUUACGUGACGUCCCACAAGAUGGCGUGUCGGGCCGGCGCUUUCAGCUCCUGUGGGCAGCUUGUUGCUACGGGCAGUGUGGACGCCAGUAUCAAGAUUUUAGACGUGGAAAGAAUGUUGGCCAAAUCAGCUCCCGAAGAAGUGGAUCCCGGCAGAGAGCAGCAGGGGCACCCCGUUAUUAGGACUUUAUAUGAUCACACUGAUGAAAUAACUGCCCUGGAUUUCCAUCCUCGUGAGCAAAUCUUGGUAUCUGCAUCUAGGGACUGCUGCAUCAAACUCUUCGAUAUUACAAAGGCCUCCGCUAAGAAAGCCUACAAGUCUAUAACGGACGCGGAACAGGUGCUCUGUGUGGCCUUCCACCCCCUCGGUGACCACAUCAUAGCGUCUACAACCCACCCGGUGAUAAGACUGUACGAUGUGACCACAAGCCAGUGCUUCGUUUGUCCCAUACCAACGCAUCAUCAUAAGAAGCAAGUGAAUUCGAUAAAGUUCUCACCGAAUGGCAAGUACUUCGCGAGCGGCAGUGCCGAUGGCAGUGUGAAGCUAUGGGACACGGUUUCCAACCGCUGCUUCAAUACAUUCAUAAACGCGCACGACGGAUCCGAAGUGUGCUCAGUUGCAUUCACCAGGAAUAGCAAGUACCUGCUAACGUCUGGUUUGGACUCGUCGAUCAAGCUGUGGGAACUGGCGAGCAGUAGGUGCCUCAUCCAGUACACUGGCGCCGGGACUACAGGGAGACAGGAGCAUCACGCACAGGCGAUCCUCAACCAUACGGAGGACUACGUGCUGUUCCCAGAUGAGGCGACCACUUCGCUUUGCACUUGGCACUCGCGAAGUGCCAGUCGUUGCCAACUGAUGUCGCUGGGACACAACGGAGCCGUCAGGUAUAUUGUUCACUCCGGCACGGCACCGGCUUUCUUAACUUGCAGCGAUGACUACAGGGCAAGAUUCUGGUAUCGGCGAAAUACGCACUAA